UCCUGUUUCCAGGGAAACCCAGCCCUCGCGUCCUGCUGCCACGGCCACACCCAUGGCUUGGUGGGUCUGUGGUCUCACCCAGGCUGGGCAGCGGGCUCCGGGCUCAGAGAGCUCGGCGCUGCAGGGCGCUGCAGGGCGCUGCAGGGUGCUGUGAGCCCUGGGAGUCUCACAGGGAGCCGGCCCCCGCCUUUCUCUGAGGUCCUGCACUCUGGACGGCCAUGAGUUCCUCCUCCAGCGAGCCUGGCCGUGGGGACCCCGCUGAGCAGGCCCCACUGGGGCUGGACACCGUGAUCCAGAGGUUGGAGGAGACCAUCCUCAGCCCCACGGCCAGCAGGGAAGAUCGGGGACUCACUGUGCGAGGGGAGGCCUCGCCCACCCCCCUGCCUGCCCGCAUCCGUGAGAUCGUGGCCAGCAGCCUGCGGGAGGAGCCACCCCAAGGGGUGCUGGAGCCACCUGCCUCUCUGGUCCACAUGCAUGAGGAAAGGGAGCUGCUGCAAGAGGAGCUGGCCCGGCUGGAGGACCUGCUGGCCCAGUCAAGCACCGAGCAGGCAGAGCUGGCCGGCAGGUACCAGGCUGUCAGCCACAGGAUGCAGGCCCGCCUGGAGGCCACCCAGGCUCGGCUGCGGAGGUCAGAGCUGGAGCACAGUGUGGACCUGCAGGAGGCUCUUGGCCGUCUGGAGGCCGCAGAGCAGAGGAGCUGCAGCCUUUCUCAGGUGAACACACUCCUGCGGGCACAGCUGCAGCACAUGAAGGGGGCCAACAGCCAGCUGGCCCGGGAGCUGGCCAACACCACCGCCGGCAUGUUCCGCCUGCAGCGUGAGCUGGAGCGCAGGGAGACCCAGCGGAUGGGCCCUGGGCAGCCAUGGCGUCUCCUGCUCCUGUGGAGACAGGCCUCAGAGCUCAGGGGACACAUGGCCCAGCUGCGGGUGGCCACGGAGAGGGCUCUUGUGGACAUGCAGGCCCAGGCUGCCUGGACAGCCCGGCGUCUGCACGCUGCCUGCUGCAGCCUCGACUCCAACCUGCGACCGGCUGCCAGCAGCCCCACCAGCGCCCUGGAGCAGCGGCUGCGAGACCAGGUCAGGGAGACGCUGCAGCUGCAGGGCCGCUGGGAUGCAGAGAAGGCGGAGCUGCAGGCCAGACUCUCGGAGCAGACACUGCUGGUGGACAAGCUCACACAGCAGAAUGGGUCACGGGAAAGGACCGUGGACUCCCGCAGGACCGACGGCCAGAGACCGGAGUCCCCUCGCGACAGGGACGGGGGCCAGCUGGCCCUGGACACCCUGAGGGACGAGGUGGGAUCCCUGCAGCGGGUACUGGCCAGCAUCACAGAGGCGGCUCUGGGGGACUCCUGGAGCCUGGAGCUGGCAGGGGGCAGCAGCACUGAUGGCCAGGAGGCGCGGAGCCAGCUGAGCAGCCCCCCACGGGCCACGUCCCCCCGUCAGGCUGCGUCCUCCCCACGGGCCCACUCCCCAGCCCACCUGGACCCAGCACUGCGGGCCGUGCAGACAGCCCUUGAGAGGAGGAGACAUCGGGAGCAGGAGCUGCGUCUGCAGCUACAGUCCUCCCAGGAGGCCACGGCCGGACUCCAGGAGCAGCUGUCCACGUGCCAGCAGGAGCUUCGGGCCUCGCGGAGGCUCCUGCAGAGCAGGACUCAGGAACACGAGGCCCUCCUGGGCAAGCUGGAGGCCCAGAGGCGUGAGGCCAGGCACGGCCAGAGGACGGCAGAGCUCUUGGGAAGGGAAAAGGUGGCCUUGGAGGCCGUGGUGGAGGAGCUGAGGGCCAGGGCGGAUCUGGGAGAGGCAGAGCUGCAGAGGAGCCUACAGAGGGCGGAGCAGGACAGGCAGAGCCAUCGCGAGCUGGAGGCCAGACAGAGGCGCCUGCAGCAGCUGGAGGAGAAGGUCUCUGGGCUCAGGAAGGAGCUGGCCGUGGCCCGGGAGGCUCUGAGUGCCGCGCAGCUGCAGCGGGACCUCGUGGAGAGCGAACGGGAGGGCCUGCGCGGCGCCCUGGCCCGGGCUGAGUCCAGCCACGCUGACCUGGAACGGCUCAUGACGCGGCUGAAGUCGGAGGGGGUGGAGCAGCGGGAGUCCCUGGCCGCCAUGGCGGCCCUGAUGGAGGGGCUGGCCCGGGACAAGGGCUCCCUGAGCCACGUGGUGCUCCAGCUGGAGCAGGAGCGGGACCAGCUGCGGGAGCAGCACAAGGCCCUGGAGCAGCGGCAGGGGGCUGCCCAGGAGCAGCUGGCCUGCGCACGGGCAGAGCGGAGGGGCCUGCAGGAGGCCUGCGGGCGCCUGGAGGAGCGGCAGGAACAGCUGGAGGGGCAGGUGACCCAGCUCAGGUGUGAGAAGGCCCAGCUCCAGGAGCAGGUGGACCAGGUCACAUGCAGAAAACAGGCCUUGGAGAAGCAGCUGGCACAGUGCCUGCAGGACCGGGACACCCAGACGGACACUCUGCAGCAAGCCCUGAAGGCCAAGGCUGCUCUGACUGAGGAGCGAGUCCGGCUGCUGGCCCAGCAGGAGGCCCUGGAGAGGCAGGGGCAGCUCUCAGCUGAGGAAGCAUCUGACCUCAGGCUGGAGAGGGACUCUCUGGAGAGCAGCCUCUUUGAAGCCCAGCAACGGGCCAAGCAGCUGCAUGUCCAGCAGGAACAGCUGGAGGGAGAGGCCCAGAGUGCCCGGCUGGAGCAGCAGGCCUUACAAGUGGAAAUGGACAGACUGAACAGGGACUGGACGGUCCAGGAGGCAAAGCUGCAACGGGAGGUAGGGCGGCUGCAGUGGCGGGUGAUGCAGCAGGAGCAGGAUCUGCAGCUGGCCCUGGAGAGCCAGGCACUGGCCCACCAAGAGGACCUGGCACGGCUCCAGAGGGAGAAGGAGGCCCUCAUUCUCUCCCUGGCAGAGGAGAAGAAGUUGGCUGUUCACAGGCUGCAGCAGGAGAGGGAGCUACUGGCUACAAGUGCGGCCACCAGGGAGACCCUGGAGCAGGAAGUGCAGACCCUGGAGCAGGAAGUACAGACUCUGGAGCAGGAGCAGCAGGAGAGCCUCCGCCAGAUGCAGAAGGCCCUGUCUCUAAAGGAAGCAGAGAGGAGCCUGCUGAAAGAGCAGCUGUCCAGGGCCACACGGGACCUGGAGCACGUGCAGCAGGAGGCCCAGGGCCAGCAGGCACGAGCCGAGGCCACCCUCAGCACCAGGACAGAGGAGCUACGGGCCCUUCAGGCCCAGUUUGAGGAGGCCAUCUCCUCCCACCAGACACAGGCCGAAGCUCUGAGCCAGAGUCUCCGGGAGGUGGCAGCCGGGAGGAGCAGUGCCCAGCGAGAGGCUGAGAGGCUGCGGGCACAGCUGAAGGUGGCCCAGGAGGAGCUGGCCAGCCUGCGCCAGGAGCGACGGGGCUGGGAGGAGAGCCGAGAGGGUCUGCACAGGGAGGUCCUGGAGGCCCGCCGGGCGCUGCGUGAGGAGGCCCUCGAGAAGAGUGUGCUGCGGGCCGCCGUCCGCAGGGCCGCGCAGGAGGAGGCCAGUUUUAAGCGGUCCAAGGAGGAGCAGGAGCAGAAGCUGCUGGGGCUGGAGGAGGCCUGGGCAGCUGCUCAUCAGGAGGCCAGGGUGCUGCGGGCCAGGCUGCAGGAGCUGGAGCAGGCCUGGGGGGACACCCGCCGGGAGCUGCAGGAGAGCCGCAGACAGGUGAGAAUGCUGGAAGGUGAGAAUCGGAGGAAGAGCCAAGAGGUGAGUGAGCUGCAGGCCCGGGGUGCACAGGAUGCCCAGCGUCAGCAGCAGAGCCAGCAGGAGGCACUGGGGCUACAGAGGCAGGCGACAGAGGCCGAGGCCACCCUCCAGCAGACCCGGAAGGAGGUGCUGGGCCUGCAGCGGCAGCUGGCGGAGGCCCAGGCCUCAGGGAAGGCCCAGGCACAGCAGCUGGAAGGGCACCUGCAGGCGAGCCAGGAGACUGAGCAGGCCCUGCGGGCCGAGGUGCACCGCGCCACCAGGAGGCUGCGGCAGGCCAGCUCCCUGGCUGACAGUCUUCAGGCUCGCCUGGACAGUGCCCAUGGCCGGGCCCAUGACCUAGAGCAGGAGCUCGCCCAAGCCCAGGGUGCCAGGCGGGACGCAGAGGCCCAGCUGGACGGGCUGCGCUCCACACUCCGCCGUGGCCUGGGGCUCCGGGGUCGGAGCCCCUCCACCUCCCCAGAACGACCUGGUUCUCCCAUGAAAGGUUCCAACAGCUCCCAGGCUCCACCUGAGUGGCACAGAGCCAGCUCCCCCACCAGGGUCCAUUCACCACCCCGGUGGCACCCACCUGCCCCUGGAGACUGCGACUCCAAGGUCAUUGAUGUGGCCUCUGUGCAGGACGCACUGGGGGACCUUCUGCAGAAACUUCAAGAUGCCCAGCGGGAGCGGGAUGAGGCCCAUGUCCAGGUGCAGAGCAUGAGCAGCCGGCUGCACAGGGUGGAGAGCGAACUUGCCCAAGCGCAGAGCCACCUGGGGCAGCUGCAGAGGGCCUUGGCAGAGGCAGAGGAAGGUCGGCACCGGGCAGAAGGUGCUCUGAGCAGCACCCUGGCAGCACGGGCCCUGCAGGAGGAGGCGCUCCGGAGGCUGGAGACCGAGCACCUGUCCAGCUUGCGGGCGGCCAGCCAGGAGAGGCGGCGGCUACAGGAGCAAGUGACCACACUGCAGCAGGCCUUGGGGGGAAGCAGGAAGGGCCUGGAAGAGAAGGGGAGGCUGCUGGAGGCGCAGCUGGCUGGUCUGCAGAGCAGGUGCCAGGAGGGAUCCCUGGAGCCGGUGCGACAGGUGAGGCCCAGCAGGGAGAGUAGGCCCUCACCAGGAGGCAGCAAACCCUCACCAGACUGCAGGCCGCACCAGGGAGGAGCCUGGGCUGGUGACCCAGAUGUAAAGGGGUCAGCGAUGGACGCACAGUUUGCGGGGAGGGGGAAGCCUGGGAGUCACGGUUCCCCGGCCCUGGCGUCAGUAGCCUCUUCCGCCCAGGUGCUGCGGAGGCGGCCGCGCGGGGAGCAGGCGGCACAGCGCGCAGAGCGGCGCGCCCGGCGGGAGCCGACCACAGCGCUGCGCACCGAGCGGGCCCGCCUGCAGGGGGAGCUCGCGGCGCUGCGCGCGCGCCGGGCGCAGACAGUGUGGGGGCCACUGAGGAGGGAGAGGGACAUGGCGAGGCUGGGGGCUGAGAAGCAGAAGCUGCAGCAGUCCCUGCUCAGCCGGCACCAGGAGCUAGACUGGACCCUAAGGCAGAACCAGCAGCAGCAGGCCCAGGUGGCUGAACUGCAGCUGCAGGAGCCGGCUACGGAGGCAGAGAGGCUGCCUGGGGCCCAGCUCCCGGCCACAGAGGCCCUGGAAUCCCGGGAAGAGACCCACCAGCAACAGGUGAAGCUGCUGGAUGAGCAGGUGGCCACCCUGAGGGAGCAGCUGGACCAGGAAGUACAGCGACCACAACACACCCAUCUCAGCCAGGCCCGGCUGGUCAGGCAGUGAGCCCUGCCGCAGACCCCUGGGUGGCUGGGCUCUGCAGCCCUGACGGACCCAGAGAAGGCUCCGAGCAGAGGUGCUGAGGGCCCAGGCUGCUGAGGGCCACGGCUGGGAGGCCGAUGCCUGUGUGCCCCAUGAGAGGGUGGCUCAGUGCAGACACAGGCUCAGACAGCCACAGAGCUCUCCUCGUGUCGGGGGGCCUACGGCCGCAAGCACUUCUAGUCCUGCAGACUGCGGAAGUUCUCCUGCCUCUGGGACCUAGCCUCCGCCUCAGCUGGACACCCCUUCCCACAGUACACCCUUCCCACUUCAGGCUACUGCUCCGGCCAGACCCCUGUGGCCAGGCCCUCAUCGCUCAGCCACAGGCUGGGUCCCACCCUCUGCUCUGUAAACACGGGGAAGCGUGCAAAGCAUUUCCACCACCAGGGCCCAGAGCCCGCAGUCCUGCCAGGCCAGCACCACACCCUGUCCAGAGGCCACGGAACCUCCGCGUCCAGGAACUGCAGGCCCGUCCCCAUGGCAGGUGGCUGGAAGUGACUCAGAUUCCAGUCCCCGUGACUCAUUGGCCAUGAGGGGCAUUGCAGUGUGAAGUUGGAAGCUGUUCUGAAGCUGCCUGCUUUCCCAGCCUGUGACUGCAAGGGACAGUCUCAAGGGACUCUGCUGUGAAGGCCAAGGCUGCUGGGCUAGGCCUGCCACUCAGCUCGCUGUUGGCUCUUUCACUAGCUUCCCAUUAGCACUGGUCAGUGUGACUUGUCCUCUGCCGACGGUCCUCUCAUGCUGUAAGCUGUACAUUUCCAGUAUCUCUGGGGCACAAACCGGUCCAGGCUGCCUGCCCGGGGCUGCUCCUGUCUUGGGCCCCUGGAAUGCCCUCAAGGACUCUGGCGCCAGGCAGGGAGAACCCAAAGCUGACAGAGCCACCCUGUCCCAUGGUGGCAGGCCCUGGCCCAGGUGUGUGGCAGGCCCUGUCUGUCCACUGCAAGAUCAUACAGCACUUAAAUCAGCCAGGAGUCAGCGAGUGUUGUGAGUCACACAGACCGACAGCUGGAGCGAGGAGCGAGGGAGCCUCAUUCUGCCCCUCUACUCUGCCUGGCUGUUAGUGGCCAUUAAGAAGUUUGCCCAGGCCCUGAGGGGAAGCCCCCAGAGACCCCUCAGCAAGGGCUCCUCUGGGCAGAGAGUAGUCCUGUGUCAUGCCGGCCCAGGACUCUUCUGCGGGCUGUGGCUGGGUGUAGGCAGCAGUGAACUCCGUGGAGGCCAGCAGGUGUGCCUCUCGGCUGCCGGGCGGCGUCCACGCCACACCCCCACAGAGGACCAGAGAGGUGAUGGGGCAGGAGGCCGGGCAGCCUCAGCCCUGCUCAGGGAGCCUUGUGUGCCCAGCCUGCAGCCUGGCUCUCCUGUCCCGUGGUGCUGCGCGUGGCAGAAGCUCCCAGCGGAGUCGGAACUUGGAAAUGUGCACAGGGGACCUGCUUCAGCUGUGGGGGCUCUAGGUCACUUCUCAGCAUCAAAAAGAAAACCACGUGUCAUUCAACCAGUCUGCUCCCUGGCCACUCGGGACCCUCCCUACCCUGGCAGCUUCCGGGGGAUAUUCAAAGUGCCUGUGAAUCUGAGAUCUUUGUAGUUUAACAAAUAUUUAAAUCAGCAGAGGA